AUGGCGGAACGAAACUACGAUGACUGUAACGAGGCCUUGGACCCUGAACUCCUUUAUACCAAGGAGUAUUGCAUUGGUUUGGGUCCUAUGAUAUCCAUGGUGGGAGGGGGCUUGCUGACUUUGCCGGCGCAGGAGGCGGUAGCUUUGGGAAAGGUGGAGAAACGCACGGGAGAGGCCGUGGCUAUCAAAAUCAUCGACAUAGAGAGCGCCGAAGACGAAGUCGAGGAUAUCAUACAAGAAAUCGCCAUUCUUUCGGAGCUGCAGUCGCCUUACGUCACGAAAUACUAUGGCUCCUAUGCUAAGGGUGCAGAGCUAUGGAUUGUUAUGGAGUUCUGUGCGGGUGGUAGCUGCGCCGACCUGAUGAAGCCGGGUAUGAUUGGGGAAGACUAUAUCGCCAUCAUCAUCAGGGAAUUACUGCUUGGCCUCGAGUAUCUACACGCAGACAAGAAGCUCCACCGGGAUAUUAAGGCCGCCAACGUUUUAUUAGGAUCCAAUGGACAAGUUAAACUGGCUGAUUUUGGUGUAUCGGGACAACUCUCUGCUACCAUGACCAAGAAGAACACGUUUGUAGGCACUCCUUUCUGGAUGGCUCCAGAGGUUAUCAAACAAUCUGGUUACGAUCAUAAGGCGGACAUAUGGUCCUUGGGUAUUACCGCACUGGAACUUGCCAAUGGUGAACCACCUUAUGCAGACAUUCAUCCCAUGAAGGUGCUGUUUCUCAUCCCCAAGAACCCCCCGCCCAGACUGGAUGGAAACUUCACCAAGGCCUUCAAAGAAUUCAUUGAGGCGUGUCUACAGCGCGAUCCAAAAGACCGGCCAUCCGCGAAAGACCUCCUGAAGCAUCCCUUCAUCCGCAAAGCAAAGAAGACAAGUUACCUGACUGAGUUGAUCGAACGAUAUCAACGAUGGAGCGCGACGCACAAAUCAGAUGACGAAGAAUUGUAUGAAGAAGGUGGCGAGGUCGUGCAGCAAGACCCCGUAAACGAGGACAUGUGGGAUUUUGGCACAGUCCGGAUGGUAGGCGAGAGGGGUGGACUAGUUCAUCGGCCUGGAUUGAAUCCCUUAGACGAAUCUACCAGGAAUUCUAGAGCAUCAAGACCUUUGGAAGGGGAUUAUGGUGAGAGUCCAAGGGCAACGUCUCCCAGUAAAGUCCAGACACAUGAUUACGCCGAGUCGUCGGUUUUAAGUACUCUCAAAGGUCCCAAUGUUGCCCCUUUAAAUAUCUCACGACAAGCUUCCCCUCAGCGAAAGCCACUCCCAAGUGGCGCGCCCCAUUCACCUUCAAAAGCUGACAUCCCGCCUUCACCCCCAAAACAUGCCUAUGAUCCCAGCACUCCACGCCCUGCAAAGCAGAUACCGGUCGUGCCCACAAUGACAUCGGCCGACUAUGAUAGAGCUCUGCAGGAACAGCUACAUCAGGAUAUGAAUUCACUUAAUGUUGCCGAUCGCCAGACGCAGGCGACCGGCCCAUCACCAUUCCUUCCACUCCAGCCCUCUUUAUCACAAGCACCGCAAUCCCGUCCACUCCCUAAGAUUGGCCCCAUGCAUUUGCCUGAAAUUCCACCUUAUCGUGGGCCAUCUUCACAAGUUCCCCUGCAAAGGGUGACUAAUCAACAAUCUACUCCUUCACAAGCGUUUGCAUCCAAAGCGCAGCCAAAACAAUUACCACCUGCGCCGGAGAGCUUUCCAUCACCAGCCCCUGCCAACCCCAACGGCGAGCUGGACGCUCUCAACGACGUUAUUUUCCCGGCAUUAGAAGAGGCGUUAAAGCGUAGACAGAUACGGCUCCAGCAACUAUAUCGGAAUGAGAAGGUUGUGACUCCUCAGCGACAGCGCGCCGAGGCGGCUCACGACAAGAUUAGGAAGCAUGUUUUUAAACUUGCGAAUGUAUGCAAGGAGCUUGACAGGCUAGACAAGGCCGAGCCAGUUGGCAUGGGCAAAGACGUGGGCACAUUUCUCGAAGGCUUGUUGGAAGAGAUACUUGUUCGCGUUGAGCCUCUGGACGAGGAAGAACUCGAAUGA